AUGAGAUUCACUGCUGCUGUUACGGCUUUCUUUGCCGCUUCCACUGUCUCCGCCGCUCCUGUCGCCGUAGACAGCCGCGGCGUCAUUGCCGAUGGCACCCAAAGACUCGGCAGCGAAAUACAGAACUUGGCCAACAAUGCAGGCAACAUGAUGGAACACGGCGGCGAGAUGAUCUCCAACGCCGUCACCCAGGCCGGCCAAGGUGCCGACAAGGCUGUCAGCACUGCCGAAGACAUGGCCCAAAAGGCUGGGCAGGACGUGCAGGCUGCGGCGCAAAAAGCUGGACAAGACAUGCAGCAUGCGGCGCAAGAGGCUGCAGAUAACGUCAAGGGAAUGGUGCAGGAGGUCGGCAACGACGUCCAGGGCGCUGCCAACGCGGCCGGCCACCUGGCCAAGGGCGCAGGCAACCUCAUGAACGGUAUCGAGAAGGGACUGGCAAGCUGCGCCAGCGGCGAGAACGCUGCUUGCAACAAGUAA